GUGUUCAUUCCUUUAGGCAUAAAAAACAUUUCAUACCUCUCUAGUCCUUGAUUAUAAACUUUCUUCAAUGGCGACAUCUUUUGCACCACAAAACUCGUUUUCUCUAUUGUUAUUAAUCAUUGUCAUCACAGCAAGAACCAUGAAUUUGAUGACUGUAGCUGCAACUUGGUGUGUAGCGAGGAGUACUGCUACCCCAGGUGAACUACAAGUAAGUUUAGACUAUGCAUGUGGACAUGGAGCUGACUGCAGUGCCAUUCAGCCCGGUGGAAGCUGUUAUGAACCAAACACCAUCUACAAUCAUGCUUCAUAUGCUUUCAAUAGCUACUAUCAGCACAUGCAUCAAGCCCCUGACUCGUGUUCGUUUGGUGGCACAGCCACCAUUGCCCUAACUGAUCCUAGAACCAUGAAUGUGAUGAUUGUAACCGCAACUUGGUGUGUAGCAAAAAAUACUGCUAGCCCAGAUGAACUACAAGUAGGAUUAGACUAUGCAUGUGGACAUGGAGCUGACUGUAGUGCCAUUCAGCCCGGUGGAAGCUGCUAUGAACCAAACACCGUCCAAAAUCAUGCUUCAUAUGCUUUCAAUAGCUACUAUCAGCACAUGCAUCAAGCCCCUGACUCGUGUGACUUUAGUGGCACAGCCACCAUUGCCACAACUGAUCCUAGUUUUGGACAAUGUGUGUACCCUUCUCAAAGGCUUACUGAAGGAGCAAGCACAUCAAUCACAAUGCCAGCAAAAGACAAACAAAGCGCAACCAUUGACUCCAAGCUUAAAACUUUCUCCGGGCAACGUAUACAUUAAUAGUUGUAUAUGUGCAUUAAUUACUUUGAAGAUGUACUCUUAAUAAAAGAAUAAUAUUAUUAGUUUUUGGUCCUAACAUUUACCAUAUGUUUGACAUUGGUCCCUCGUCAGAGUAAAGGUGGGCUUUAGUCCCUAACUUUUGUCAUAAGGUUUGGUUUUAAUCCCUCCGGAGAUUUGGGUCAACACUAGAGCUCCGGUGGCCCAUGUGACA